UUAGAACAUGGGAGGCUGGCUCAUCAUCCGCCUUUCCCUCUCCCUCUCUCCCACCCCCUUCUCAAAAGCCUGAAAUCCCAUUGCACAAAAAUGAGACCAGCCUUCUCUCUCUCUCCAUCUUUCAGGCCCCCCCUCCCUUCUGCAUCUAAAACAAUCUUCAAGCAAGAGGAGCCAUCAUCUUGAUUUUGUUGUUGAGAGUGAUAUUUUGAUCAGUCUGAUCAAGAGUUGGCACUCAACUUGCUCAUGGCUACAUCAAGACCAAGGGAUGCUCGCCUAAAAGAGAGGAGCAGCUCAGCUUCUUCAGCCCCUCAUCACACAGACACCCUCCAUGGCCGACGAACCACAAGACCAUUGGUCCCCGGUUCCUCUGAUCGAGAUCCCGUUCGCAGGCCAAUGGCGAGCUCGAGCACCACCGCCACUUCCAGAGGCAGGACCCAGACCCCUUCGGGUGCUGUGAUUGGAAGACGUGUGCCUGUAAAGACCCCCAUUGAGAAGCCUCCAUCGCCUUCGGUCACUCCUCGUAGAGUACCCACACCAAACACCCUCAAAGAGAGGACAGACAAGUCUUCAUCCUCCUUACCGAGAGCUGCCAUCUCUUCGAAACCAGCAUCUGAUAAAGCAUCAAAGCCUCUCAAGAGCACAAAAACUCAACCAUCGGUAAGGGCCAAGAGUUUAGGGGCCCCUACAAAAGAAGUUACUGGUACUACUACUCCCAACGCAACAGAACAGCCACCGGCGACAAAGUCCGAGCAAGAAGAGGAGACACUGAUCCAAGUUGAAGAGAGUGAACCAGUCGACGUCCCAGCAAUAAAAGAUGAUGUGCCUUAUGAGCUCGACCUUACCGGCUCCUUCACACCAAAUAUUCCAGAAGAUAGCACUGACUCUACCUCUCAAACAGAUCGACAGAAGCCGAGUUCCCCCACAAGGGAGUCUGAGAUAGCUACAAAUGACGAAGGAGUCGGCGGUGAUGGAAACAGAGUGGAUGGAGAUGAAGAGAGCCCCAAAGAGCCAGAAGAAAAGCCAGUAAUGGAAAGUUCAGAGGAGCCUCAGAGUGAGCCAGCAGUUGGCAGUGGAAAGCCGGAGGAAUCUGAGAAAGAGAAGGCGACAAGGGUGGAGUCGAGCGAGACGACGAGGCCCGAGGUGGUGCCUUUCAGGAGGCCGGAGGCGGCAGCGACGGGGAGGAAGUUUUUGAAGGAUGCCCCAAGGAGCAAUGAUGUGAUAGAAGAGGCGAGGACCAAGCUAAUGGAGAAGAGGAAGAGCAAGGUGCUGGCUUUGGUGGGCGCCUUCGAGACCGUUAUCUCGCUUCAGGAGCCGGAGGGUCAAACUGGUCAAAGCCAGGGGAAGAGCGGGGAAGAAGGAGCCGACGAGGGGAGCAACGCGACAAAAGAGUCAACGGAGUCGAUGUAGAGUGGACAUUGGAUUCUUUGAUUCGGUUGUUGGAUCUGUAAUGAAAUCAAGAUGAUGAUGAUGGAGUACCUGAUUAAUCCUCAGUUGGAUCUUGAGUAUUUCUUUUUCAUUUUAUGUUUUUGUUUUUUAUUUCCCUGAUGUUGGAAGGGGGAAGGUUUCAUUUUGUUACAUCCCCUAUGAUUUCUUAUUGGUGUAUACAUGGUAUAUGCUGCUUGUAAGAGUUCUUCUCCGUGCAGCAUUUUAUUUGUUGAUGCACCAAUCUCCAAGUAGAGUCAAAAAGUGUUUACUUAAAAAUGA